GAUCUGGCUGAACAUUUCCCUCUCAGUGUUCCCAACAGGUCUUGGAACGAGUAACUCAUUCUGAAACAAUAAUUAAACAAUACGCUGCUAAAUAUUGAACAACACUUUGCUGAGCAACGCAACUGAGAGAGAAACGAGAAAAUAAGGAGGAAAUAGAAGUUAAAAUAUUUGAGCCAGAACUGCGCCUUUUGUCAUGAACAUGAAACCCACUUCAUUUAAGGUGAAGGAAGAAAAUGUCCAGGAGUCUAUGAGUCAACAUGCACAUACUUUCAAAGUGAAGUUUGACCCAUCUGACCAGAACGAUUACACCAUUUACUGUGAUCACCCCCAGACCGUACUGGAGGCAGUAAAAUCACAGAAGAAAGAGCUGAAAUCACCAGAUGAGGACAUUAUCUUUCAGCUAGGUAGAGAGGACAAGGAUGUUAUUAUUCCCACACAUUUCCCUUGUUGUCUUGUUGGACAUGAAGAGACUGUGAUUCUAUCAUGUCAAACAAAAAUGAUCGAAAAGGCACAAAACCAGCAGCACAAAAUGUUCCAUCCAAAUGACAAAUAUUCCAUCUUCUACAUAGAUACAGUGGGAGGGACCAAUGCCAAAUCAAAGGAGCUAUUUCAGAAUAAAAUUGUGAAAAAAUACAAGCGUCUCUGUGUUUAUGGAGAGGAGGGCAUGACUGUGGCAGACGUCCUGAGGAGAGACGGCCGAUUCAGUGAUCACCUUGGUGACUUCACUCUGUCCGACAACGAUAAUCCAAACAGCCUUACAAGCUGUACACAAAAGGUCAAUGACAGCUUAGACCAGAAAACAUUUAAGAUACAGCUGCAGAGGAGAAAGAGUGAUGUAAGUGUGCAUGAGAGCCCAUCAAAGACUGAACAAUGCAAGGGCAAGGAAAGAUCUGCUGCAGACAUAGCACAGCAGUGUGGGGAUAGCCUGAGAACAUUAAUGGAGAAACAGGGAGAUGAAGUCGACACCACUGAAAUCUAUGACAUACUUCGUAAGCAGUUUCCAGAACUGAGGAAAUGGAUGGAGAAUAGAUUUCCAGCUGACUCUUAUCAGAAAGAACUGGAACUGAGGAAGGAGAACUUUGGAAAGAGUCAGAAGUCUUUUAGUGAAGUUCACAGAGUCAGAAAGUUGCUCAAGCUAGGAGAGUCAGUUUGCAAAAUCACUGUUGGGGAUAUUUGUGAGGGAACAGGCUUUGUGCUAUUCGAUGGGUUUAUCUUGACAAAUGCACAUUUGUUCACAGAUCAUGUUGAUGAAGACAAAAAGCUAGAGGAAGGAAUAGAGGUGUAUGCCUUGUUCAACUAUGAGGAUCCUCAGCCAAAAAAUGUUUACUACUUCAUGGCUGAGAAAAGGCUUGUUGACUUUGAUCGCAACCUAGAUUAUGCCAUUCUGGAACUCAACAAGUGUAAAGGUGCCACCAGGUCUCCUUAGGUGUUUUGGUCCCCUGCCUGAGAAUGGUGAGGCCUGUAUCAUUGGUCACCCAGCAGGUGCAAUUAAAAAAAUGGAUCCAACAUUUGUCAUUGAGAAA